AUGCUCGGGAGGUUGCUUCGUACGUCAUCGAUGACUGAUUUCAUGGCAUUCGGUGGUGGUAGUAAUGGUAGUGCGGGUACAAGUGGUGAAGAGGCGUUCCAGAACGAGCCAUGCUACAUGACCGAUGAUUUUAAGACGUUAUUAUUUGGUACAAGAGAUAGGAUGUUGUUUGAUCGGUCGGCAAGCGACAGGUUGCACUCAGGAGGGUUUCGGUUGAUUAUAGCUCAAGAAUUGGGUCAUUUAAGCAGUAGAAACAACUAUCAGGUGGUGCUAGAUCAUGGGUCCCCGUCGUUCCAUGGCACGAGUCAUAUUCCUCUGAAUGAGCUGAAGGAUUAUAUAUUCGGAUCGCCGAUUCGGACUGUUGAUUACUCUGCCUCGAGCGAUAAGAUCAAGGUGGUGAAAAAUGCAAACAUUGUACUUUUCACGAGGAUAUUCUAUUUGGAUGAGAAGUCGACGCUUCGAUUUGCUAUCAGUUGUUGUAUCUCCGAUGAUUUUUUGCCAGUUUUAACAGAGUUGUGGCCCAGAGUCUCUCAGUAUUUGGAUCAAUGUGAGCGCACGCUAGUUAACUUUAUGGUGAAGAAUUCGACGCAUUUCUUGCCUAAAGAUUGGAAGUCUCGCGACUGUGUUGAAGUUGGAUGUGUGUUGCAGACAUUUCAAAGAAAAGUAAUACCUUUGUUGUGCGGAUAUGCCGAUACACCCAGGUUAUUUUUGUAUCCAAUGAACUCUAUACCUUACAUCAAGACGUGGGUGAAAUAUGUGACUAACUGGAUUGAAUUGAAGGAUGGUCCCCGAAUGAGAUUUUUACCUGUUUUGCUGGCGAAACUACGGUACGAUUUCGCGUCCAUUUUGAAAGACCAAACAAAUGCACGAGUUGUCGUCUUGACGGGGAAUAUGAAUGUUGCCAACCGUCUCAUAUUCAUACUCACCGCUUUCAUUGGUCCACAUUUCCAAGGCACGUUGCAUAAGUCGGCUACGCCACAAAUGUUUGCGCUGUCAGCCGCAAAUAACAGCGGUCAUAUUAAUUAUAGCAGCAACAUCAAUAAUAAUAAGAAAGUGACAAACUUUUCUAAGUUCUCGGACUCUCCAUUCGAACUAAAAUCCUCAAGUAGCAGUAUCACAGAAACAAGCAAAGGUUGGGAAAUCCCGCGAACCAAAAGAAACCCAACCUUGGGUGUAACUAGUGUUUCAUCGGAUGAAACAGGUGUUCAAAGUUUUAUCCAACCUUCGUCACUGAAAAGUGGCGCGUCUUCGGUACAUUAUUUGUCUUCAUCUUUGAACAGUACAUACGGAAGCUAUGGCUCGUGGUUCAAGAAAGUAGCCCAAUCUCCAUCGUCUUCUCAGGAAACUACAUCCAUUUUGCGUCAUAAUGGGAGUAGUACAUCAUUGCACCAGCAAGCUGUUCUAAGCAAUGCUAAUGUCUCGCAACGUGCAACGCCACAGCCUUCUCCAACGGUAACAGAAUAUGAUGAAUAUCCAUGGAUAGGUGGGUCUCCAAUAACUCGUGAUUCACCAAGGUUCGAAAAACGAGCAUCUAUCUCGGCUAUACAUGGUGUCACUGACAGAAAGGCUCUUCUGCAACAUGAAAUAUACGAAGUCGACAUGAAAAGAACUCUGAACAGGCUAAUAGAUGAAGAAGACUUGAAUGAAGCCUUUGCUUCUUUAGUGUUAGAUCCCCCAAAAUUUAGCACUACGCAGCCAGACGAAAACAAGAAUCAUGGAGAAAUUGUGGAGGUUGACGCGAUUCUUCCAAAUAAAAUGUUAUCGCAAUUUGACACACCCCAUAAAGAACUUUUACCCAGAUAUACAGCAUAUACCCCAGCUUACAACCAAUAUUUCCAGUUGCAAGCAUGUCAAAUCACUCCAGAAUCUGAAAAUAAAAUUAUACAUUCCAUGAAAAGAGACCUUUCAAGCAUAGAUCAAAAUAGCAAUAGUACUUCAACACUCCUCAUCUCCCUAAGAUCAAGAGAGAUUAAGCAGAUAACAAUAAUCAAAGACGUUAAUAACAGGUUUAUUCAAAAAACUAAGAGGAUUUUCCAAAACGGAAAGAUCGGUCCAGUUUCAAAGGCAAUGGUUUUGGCUAUAGAAAAAACUGAAGCCCAGCUAAAGGGAUUGAUGGAAAACAUUGAAGAUAACGUCGAAUUGCAGUCCCAGUUUAAUGAUAUAGUAGAGUGCUUACAGCCAUCAUAA